AUGUCGCGUCCGCAUCACAGCAGUCGCUCCGGCACGCGAUGGGCAGUGCGAAUCAUUCCCUUGUUCAUCGUUGGCAUCCUAGCCGUGGCCACUUACGCCGUCGUUGGUCGUCUCUGCAUCAGCUACCUCUACAAAAAAAAGGGCCAGGAUGGCGUCGUCACGGCAUUCCUCGUCCUCUAUUUCCUUUUCUUCCUAUUAAUGGCCGCCGCCUACCUACGAACCUUCUUUACAGUCCAACUAAACCCAGGCGUCGUCCCUCUGGCCCCCGAAGACCAAACCGAGCGCGAAGCGGCCGAGAAAGUACGAAAGCGACACAAACGCAACCGAGAUGUUGAGGAAAGGGCAUAUGUGCCUCCGGAUCCAAACCCGGACAGCCCCGGACUCGAGGCCUUCUACAGCAAAGAUGUGUUUAUAUGCGAGGUCGACGGUCGGCCUAAGUGGUGUUCAGAGUGCCAGCAGUGGAAGCCCGACCGUUCGCAUCACUCAAGUGAUCUUGGCCGCUGCGUCAGGAAGAUGGAUCAUUUCUGCCCGUGGGUUGGCGGCAUGGUCUCCGAGACUUCCUUCAAUUUCUUUACGCAGUUCUGCUUCUAUUGCGGCCUCUUCUGCGCCGUAGGCCUCGCCGUCGGAGCAUAUUCAUUUCAACAACACCACAAAGAUGGAGACCCCACCGAUGGAUGGGCUCUCGCAACAAUCGUUUUAGCCUGCGUUUUCGGUACCUUUGCCUUUGGCAUGGCGCUCACUUCGUUCCGCUUCAUCCUCUCAAACACUACAAACGUCGAUAUGCUUAAGAGGUCAAGUACGCUCACCGUGGCUGUCCGUAUCCCCCAUUCCACUCCCCCCUCGGACAAAUAUCCCGUCAUUGUAUAUCCCCUCCGUGGGCCGCCGCGGCGACCAGGCUCCGAGGGCCAGCAGCUGCAUAAUAAUCACGGUCCCAUCUCGGCCAGGGAUCAGCUGGCAGAGCGCAAGUUUGCCAUCCUCCGCACAAAGCCGCGGGAAAACCCUUGGAAUCUGGGAGCCAAGGAAAACUGGAAGUCCGUCAUGGGAGACAAUUUCCUGGAGUGGAUGCUUCCUAUCCGACACUCGCCGUGCUGCAACCAUGAAAACAUGGAGAGUGACUACAAGUUUGGUCCUCUGAUAGCCAAACUGAGGAAACGAUAUGGCGUCCCCGAGCUUGAAGCCCCUUCCCGCGGCGGUCAUGGCAUCGAAUUACAGGAGAGGGGAAGCCGGCGUGCCAGUGAUUGA